AUGAGAAUAAGGAAGCAUGCGAAGGUGUCACCUCUCACGUACGCCGCCUCGUCCUUGGAGGCUGGAGCCCUCCUUCACGCUCAUAUCUGCCAGCUCAAUCAGUCGCCGUGGGACGUCAUCACCUUUCCUCCAGAAGAGCAAGAGGAAGGCUCGUCGUCGAAGUUGCUUCCUCCUCCUCCUGCGCAACCGCCGCCGCCGCCGCCGCAUAGCUUUCUGUUCGACGGAUGCGAAAGCUACCCCCCAAAUGGGAGUUUUAACGAUUCUAAUGAAGCUGUUCAGAGCCCCGAUUCCGCGAUGCUCUCGCCGGGAUGGGAUUACUCCAACCGUAUCGCCGCCGCGGCCGGCUAUUCCCCCGCGGAAGAGGGCGCGGCAGCAGAGGCGGAGGAAGCCGCGAUUUUGUGCUGCAAGACGGACGGGAAGGCGUGGCAAUGCAAGAGAGAGGCCAAAGACGGCCACGCCUUCUGCGACCACCACUUAGAGCAGCUCAAGCACUACAACAACUUGGCUCACCCUACCAAGACGGCGGCCGCGAAGAAAUCCGAGAAACAGACGCCUCCGCCUCCGGCGGACGACUCCCGCUGCCGCCGCACCCGGCCGAAGAAGCCCUCGGUAUCCACCAAUCCGUACGAAUUAUACUACUACACCGGCUUCGGCCCGCUCUGGGGCAAGAAGAGAGGCCCCGGGAGAGCAAGCGGCACAACCAGCAGCGCCGCCUCCGAGCAUGAUCAAGCCAACAACGGAGCAAGCUCCUCCGCUUCGGAAAUGGAUGACCGGGAAUUCGACUAUGUGGAAGACGAAUACGAGGACGACGAUGAAGAAGACGAGUUCGAUGACGGCAAAAGGAAGAAAGCCCGCAAACCAAUUAAAGCAAGGUCCUUGAAAUCACUCAUGUAA